GGCCUGUUUCCCACGGCUGCCUGGGCCAGGCUGUGGGUGGCUUAGAGAGGACUGCUGACGGGCUGGGCUAGGGGGGGCGACAGAGAGAGGGCGCCAGGGGACCGAGGAGGCCGCAGGCCAAAGCCAGUGAUUGAGUGGCCCAGAGCAGAGGUGCAGGGAGCUGGCCGGCUCUUGGAUCCAGUCGAGCAGUGCGGUCUGGCCCGCCCACAACUCUCAUUCUUCUCUCCGCUUCCCAGUCCGGCCAGCCCUCAGUUUACGUCUCCGCCUGCCCGGCGUCAGCCCCGCCCUUCCUCUCCUAGUGGGUGCUCGGAGGCCCCUACUGGGCCUCCCCACUCCGAGCCGCGAACUGUCGGGUCCCUCGGCUUCUCCAGCACUGCUGGACUUAAGUGCGCUAAGGAAGCGCAUGGCGGCGGUGGGGCCGCGGACUGGCCCCGGCUCCGGGGCCGAGGCGCUGGCACUGGCGGCAGAACUGCAGGGCGAGGCCACAUGCUCUAUCUGCCUGGAGCUCUUCCGCGAGCCGGUAUCCGUCGAGUGCGGUCACAGCUUCUGCCGCUCCUGUAUCGCGCGCUGUUGGGAGCGCCCCGGCACAGGAACGACCACAGUGCCGCGCGCGCUGCCUUGUCCGCUGCCCUGCCCACAGUGUAGAGAGCCCGUGCGUCCCGGCCAGCUGCGGCCCAACAGGCAGCUGGCCUCAGUGGCCACGCUGCUGCGGCGCUUCAGCCUGCCUGCGGCCGCGCCAGGAGAACACCGGCCCCCGGAGGCGGCGGUGGCCGGGUGCGUACAGCAUGGUGAACCGCUCAAGCUCUACUGCCAGGACGACGGACGUGCCAUUUGCGUGGUGUGCGACCGCGCCCGCGAACACCGCGCGCACGCAGUGUUGCCGCUAGACGAGGCUGUGCAGGAAGCUAAGGAGCUCCUGGAGUCUAGGCUGAAGGUCUUGAGGAAGGAUCUAGAAGACUAUGAGGUGUUUCGUUCCACGGAAGAGAAGGAGAGCAAGGAGCUCCUGAAGCAGAUGGCAGCUGAGCGAGAGAAGGUGGGUGCAGAGUUCCAGGCUCUGCGGGCCUUCCUGGUGGAGCAGGAGGGCCGGCUCCUGGGCCGCCUGGAGGAGCUGUCACGGGAGGUGACACACAAGCAAAAUGAGAACAUAGCUCAGCUUGAGGGUGAAAUCACCCAGCUCUCCAAGCUCAGCAGCCAGAUCCAGGAGACGUCUCGAAAGCCUGACCUUGACUUUCUCCAGGAAUUCAAAAACACACUAAGCAGAUGCAGCAAUGUGCCUGGUCCCAAGCCAACCACAGUCUCUUCUGAGAUGAAGAAUAAAGUCUGGAAUGUUUCCCUCAAGACCUUUGUCUUAAAGGGGCUGCUCAAGAAGUUCAAAGAGGAUCUUCGUGGAGAGCUAGAGAAAGAGGAGAAAGUGGAGCUGACCUUGGACCCCGACACUGCCAACCCCCGCCUCAUCCUCUCUCUGGAUCUUAAGAGCGUGCGCCUUGGACAGCGGGCGCAGGACUUGCCCUGCCACCCACGCCGCUUUGACACCAACAUGCGAGUCUUGGCGUCCUGUGGUUUCUCCUCCGGGCGGCACCACUGGGAGGUGGAAGUGGGCUCCAAGGACGGCUGGGCCUUUGGCGUGGCGCGAGAGAGCGUGCGCCGCAAGGGCCUCACGCCCUUCACCCCUGAGGAGGGCGUCUGGGCACUGCAGCUCAACAGCGGGAAGUACUGGGCAGUGACUAGCCCUGAACGGACGCCCCUCAGCUGUGGCCACCUGUCCCGCGUGCGGGUGGCUCUGGAUCUAGAGGUGGGGGCCGUGUCCUUCUACGCUGUGGAGGACAUGCGCCACCUCUACACCUUCCGCGUCAACUUCCACGAGCGAGUGUUCCCCCUUUUCUCUGUCUGCUCCACCGGCACCUACUUGCGAAUCUGGCCUUGAGAGUCUUUGGCCUCCCAGAGAGGGUGAAUCAGUCCAGGGUGAAUACCUCCUCAUCCCGGCUACCCAUGGGAAGCAAUGCUGCCCUCUGUCGGAGCCUCCUGGUUACUGCGGGCCUGCCUUCCAGAUUGGCCCCGGGCUGCCUUGGAGGGGCUCCUGCAGAUCACAACAUUGGAGACAGAAAACGGGCGAUUGUGGAAAAGGGUUCCGUGGUCAACUGAGUAGAAGAGAAGAUGCCUUGGACCCUUUGCGCCUGUCCUCUGCCUGUUGUCGACAUGUGGAUUUAGCCUGAGCUGUGAGGACUUGGAGGUGGGUGAGGACAGGAGCCCAGCUAUUGACAGAGGUGUUUCCCAUCACUGGGACUUUCUACCUGGACUUGGCAGGGCCUCUGGUUCUGGAGCAAUAGCAAGUACAGUGCUGUCUUCAGGUGCAAGGGGGCAGAUUCAGGCCCAGCCAGCCAAGUUCAUGACCACUUCUGCUUUGCCUUCUUGUCAGCUUCUAGCUCUGCCUUCAGACGCCUGGAUCCACCUGGCCUGAGGUCAUUUACUCAGGGAGGAGCACUGUACUCCCAGGUCAGAGAACAGCUUGGGACAGAACUGAAAGGAGAUUCUUGACCUGUACAUGAGAGGAAAGCCCAGGACAAUGGCAUUUAUCAUGGCUACCUUCCAAUACCCCUUAUGAUACAGAGUGAUAUGUACAUCCUCUGCCACAGUGACAGCCAUGUGUUCUCACACAUGCCUAAACCCCUUUUAAACGCCAAAGUAUAGUCUCCCUUGAGUAAGGAGACCAAAGGCUAUGGGAUUUUGAAACACAAAACAACACUUAUAAUUUUACAGAUGCAACUAAUAUCAGCAUGGGAAUGCACAGAGCACAAACAUGCCCCUGAUAUAGCCUUCCUGGAACUUGUCAAAUGUGUGCCAACAGCAGAGGACCCUGGUGCCAGGGUCUGCUCAGCCUGUGCCCUGGUGGGGUGUUAUUCCCUUGGCUAAUUGUUCCCAAGCUUCUGUUUGGGUGGGCUUCUGGGAGGGGGUUUUGGGCAGUUUCCUGUUUAGUGGUACCCAGGGAAGGGGGAUGAGGAGAUGGAAAUACAAACUCUGAGCUCAUUUCUAGGAUGGCUUAGCUCAUUCUUGACCCCUCCAGUCUGAGUGCAAGAGCACAAGUAGUAGUGAAGGUUUCUGCUAGACUGGGUGAUCAGGCGUGUUUAAAUGUCUGAGGAAUGUGUGCAUGUAUGUUUAUAUCUCAGAUUGAGGGGGCAGGGGUUUGUGUGGAUUUUGGAGAGCAGUUUUAUCAGCACAUGCGUAGGUUUAGGUAUUGCAAACAGACCUGGGUCAAUUUGGUAAUACCCUAUUUUUCAUUUGUUGUUAAAUAUUAGCCACUCCACAUUUAGGUGAGGGUCAUGAUUUUCCUCCCCCACUACCUAGCUAACUGGCUAGAUGAAUCUGUUUAGACAGAUAUGUUGGCAUGUAGGGACAGUGACAAUUGAAUAACCUGGUCUGCAAGUGUCAUGGGGUUUCUGUGCUCUGUCCCUGAGAUGCUCCAAGCACACUUUGAAUACAGGGGUCUUACAGGGCAGGCAUGACACUGUUCUAGAGGCAGACACAGCGGACAUAGCACCAGGAAAUCUGAAUCCAAUGUCCUAUGGGCCUGGGUCAGGAUCAUAUAAGUGUCCAGCCUACAGUAUAAUUGUAUCAUUGCAGAGGGUGAAUCCUAUGUUGUGUUCAUAUAUGGAGAAGUUCUAGAACACUGCAGCCAAUCCAUAUAUUUGAAUACUACUCAUUUCCACAAGGACCCCCCCCCCUUUAUUUUAACACUCACUUGCUAAUUAAAUCGCCUAAUGUUAUCGUCAAGCCCUGGUAUUAUCUGGGCUUAUAUGGCUUUUGGACUGAGUAUCACAGUUACCUUUAAGGUCACAUAACAACUGUGCUGAAGUAUUGCAACACAUAUUACAGGUCACAGAAGGUGGGUGUCUGGUGGAGGUGCCUGUAGGGCCAGGUCUGGGGACUGUACGAGUGGCUGUCUGUGUGUAUAUUUUCAGCUUUUGUGUUUGUGAAUGUGAUUGUGUGUCUAUCGAAGUAUGUGUUUGCAGAGUUAAUAACUACAUAGACAUCUAUAUAUCUGAAGAAAUAUAACAACAGUUACAGUAACAAUCACA